AGUCUUGACGUUUUCCCGCGAGAAGUGUUUGCUAAUGUCUGGAGCGGGAAGGGGAGAACGUCCCUUUAAAGUAUAGUUGUGCGACAGUGCCCCUAGCUUGAUACAUUUUUCGGUCCAGUGCUGUCAAGAGUCGGGAUUCCGUGCUGCGAGGCAAGAUGCUGAAGUCCAAGACUUUCUUGAAAAAGACACGGGCGGGGGGCGUGAUGAAGAUCGUGCGCGAGCACUACUUACGGGACGACAUCGGCUGCGGUGCGCCGGGGUGUGCGGCCUGCAGCGGCGCGCACGAGGGAGCGGUCCUGGAGUCGCAGCCCCUAGACCCGCCGAGCAGCCUCUGCCCGCAGCCGCACUAUUUGCUACCUGACACCAACGUGCUGCUGCACCAGAUUGAUGUUCUUGAGGACCCUGCCAUCAGGAAUGUAAUUGUCCUACAAACAGUUAUGCAAGAAGUGAGGAAUCGGAGUGCCCCGGUAUAUAAACGAAUCCGAGAUGUGACUAAUAACCAGGAGAAGCAUUUCUAUACUUUCACUAACGAGCACCAUAGAGAAACGUACGUGGAACAAAAACAGGGAGAAAAUUCGAAUGAUAGGAAUGAUAGAGCCAUUAGAGUAGCAGCAAAAUGGUACAAUGAACACUUGAAGAAAAUGUCAGCAGAGAAUCAGCUGCAAGUUGUCUUCAUCACCAAUGACAGGAAAAACAAAGAGAAAGCCAUAGAAGAGGGAAUACCAGCUUUCACUUGUGAAGAAUAUGUAAAGAGCCUAACUGCUAACCCUGAACUCAUAGAUCGCCUUGCUUGUUUGUCUGAAGAAGGGAACGAAAUAGAGAGUGGGAAAGUAAUAUUUUCAGAGCAUCUUCCCUUAAGUAAGCUGCAACAAGGCAUAAAAUCCGGUACAUAUCUUCAAGGAACAUAUAGAGCCAGCAGGGAAAAUUACUUAGAAGCUACAGUAUGGGUUCAUGGAGACGCUGAAGAAAAUAAAGAGAUAAUCUUACAAGGACUUAAAAAUUUAAACCGAGCUAUUCAUGAAGACAUUGUGGCUGUGGAGCUUCUCCCCAAGAACCAGUGGGUAGCACCAUCUUCUGUGGUUCUACAUGAUGAAGGUCAAAAUGAAGAUGAUGUGGAGAAAGAAGAGGAAAGAGAACUCAUUAUUAGGGCUGCUGUAAGUGAAAAAAUGUUAAAGCCUACAGGUAGAGUCGUGGGAAUAAUAAAAAGGAAUUGGAGACCGUACUGUGGGAUGCUCUCCAAGUCUGACAUUAAGGAGUCAAGAAGACAUCUCUUUACACCUGCUGACAGGAGAAUUCCUCGAAUUCGGAUAGAAACCAGACAGGCUUCAGCAUUGGAGGGACGGAGAAUUAUCGUUGCUAUUGACGGAUGGCCCAGAAAUUCCAGAUACCCAAAUGGACACUUUGUGAGAAACUUAGGUGAAGUUGGAGAUAAAGAGACUGAGACAGAGGUUUUGUUGCUGGAACAUGAUGUUCCCCAUCAGCCUUUUUCUCAGGCUGUUCUCAGCUUUCUGCCAAAGAUGCCCUGGAGCAUUACUGACAUGGACAUGAAAAACCGAGAAGACCUGAGACAUCUGUGUGUUUGCAGUGUGGACCCCCCAGGAUGCACCGAUAUUGAUGAUGCUCUGCAUUGUCGAGAACUUGAAAAUGGAAAUUUGGAGGUUGGUGUUCAUAUUGCUGAUGUUAGCCAUUUUAUUAGGCCAGGAAAUGCUUUGGAUCAAGAGUCAGCCAGAAGGGGAACAACUGUGUAUCUUUGUGAAAAGAGGAUUGACAUGGUUCCAGAGUUGCUUAGCUCUAACUUAUGUUCCUUAAGAUGUAACGUUGACAGGCUGGCAUUUUCAUGUAUUUGGGAAAUGAAUCACAAUGCUGAAAUCUUAAAAACAAAGUUUACAAAAAGUGUCAUUAAUUCAAAGGCUUCCCUUACGUAUGCUGAAGCUCAGAUGAGAAUUGAUUCGGCAACCAUGAAUGAUGAUAUUACCAUUAGUCUCCGUGGAUUAAAUAAACUAGCUAAAAUUUUGAAAAAAAGAAGAAUUGAAAAAGGGGCUUUGACUCUGUCUUCUCCGGAAGUUCGCUUUCAUAUGGACAGUGAAACUCACGAUCCUAUAGAUCUACAGACCAAGGAGCUCAGAGAAACAAAUUCCAUGGUGGAAGAAUUUAUGUUACUUGCCAAUAUCUCUGUUGCAAAAAAAAUUCAUGAAGAAUUUUCUGAACAUGCUCUGCUUCGAAAACAUCCUGCUCCUCCUCCAUCAAAUUAUGAAAUUCUUGUUAAGGCAGCUAAAUCCAAGAAUUUGGAAAUUAAAACUGAUACAGCCAAGUCUUUGGCUGACUCUUUGGAUCGGGCUGAUUCUCCUACGUUCCCGUAUCUGAACACUCUCUUAAGAAUCCUGGCCACUCGCUGCAUGAUGCAAGCUGUGUACUUCUGCUCUGGGAUGGAUAAUGAUUUUCAUCACUAUGGCUUAGCGUCCCCCAUAUACACACAUUUCACUUCACCCAUCAGAAGAUAUGCAGACAUCAUCGUUCACCGGUUGUUGGCCGUGGCUAUCGGGGCCGACUGUACUUACCCAGAGCUGACAGACAAGCACAAGCUUGCAGACAUAUGCAAGAACCUCAACUUCCGGCACAAAAUGGCUCAGUAUGCCCAGCGUGCAUCCGUGGCUUUUCAUACCCAGUUAUUUUUCAAAAGCAAAGGAAUAGUAAGUGAAGACGCCUAUAUUCUCUUUGUGAAAAAAAAUGCUAUCGUGGUAUUAAUUCCAAAAUAUGGUUUAGAAGGUACAGUUUUUUUUGAAGAAAAGGACAAACCAAAGCCACGGCUUAUUUAUGAUGAUGAGAAACCUUCACUUAAAAUAGAAAACACAGUGUUCCAUAUAUUUGAUAAAGUUAAAGUGAAAAUCAUGUUGGACUCAUCUAAUCUUCAGCAUCAGAAAAUUCGAAUGUCCCUGGUGGAACCAUGGAUACCAGGUAUAAGUGUUCCUAGCGAUACUUCAAACACGGACAUUAAUGAACCAGACAAAAAGAAGAAGAAGCUUGAAAAAUAGCUACAAUCAACAAAAAACCUUAAAGGAUUGGUGUCCUUAAAAAAAAAAAGAAAGAAAGCUUGAGAAGACAUUUUUAAACCUAAGAAGUGUGUGAAAAUUUAUUACUGUAUCGUGCAUUUUGAUAAUUUGAAAAAUUGCAUUUUUAAAAACUGACUAUAUUUUAUGGAUUUUGCUAUUACAGUUGUCUCAACUUUUCCCCUUUUUGCCCCCCUCCACCCAGCACCCCCCAUUCCCGCAGGCAUUCCCCCCAACAAUAUUCAUGUACGUGGGUCAUAUGUAUAAGUUCUUUGGCUACUCCAUUUCCUACGCUGUACUUUACAUCCCCAUGGCUAUUCUGUAACUACCUGCUUGUACUUUUUAAUCCCCUCACCUCUUCACCCAUCUCUCCCACCCUCCUCCUAUCAGGUAACCAUCAAAACACUUUCUGGAUCCACGGUUCUAUCUCUGUUGUUCUUCUUUGCUUUUUAGAUUCAGUUGUUGAUAGAUUUGUAUUUUUUGCCAUUCUGUUGUGCAUAGUUUUUCUUAAAUGAGCCCCUUUAACAUUUUAUAUAAUGGUUUAGUGUAUAAUGAAGUCCUUUAGUUUUUUCUUGUCUAGGAAGCUCUUUAUCUGCCCUUCAGUUCUAAUUAUCUUUGCCAUAUGUGUAGAGCUUUUUGGCUGUAGGUCCCUGCUUUUCAUGACUUUAUUUCUUGCUAAUCCCUUCUAGCCUGCAGUUUAUUUUGAGAAGUCAUCUGACAGUCUUUUAGGAAUUUCCCUAUAGGUAACUAACCUCUUUUCUUUGGGGGCUUUUAAGAUUCUCUUUAUCUUUAACCUUUGGCAUUUUAAUUAUGAUGUGUCUUGGAGUGGCCUCUCUGCAUCCAUCUUGUUUGGGACUCUGUGCUUAAAGAUUUGCAUAUUUAUUGAACUGUUGACUGUGUCUGUCCCAUCAUACUACUUGACUUCUGGAUUGAACAGACCUGUUUAUGCAGACAAAUUCAAUUGAAUAUCCAUCACUUAAGUAGUGACAGGCUGGCAAAUUCAGGGAUCUGUGUAGAUCAUUUAAAGAGGGCAUUCAUUUGCUCAUUGAAGAGCAGAUUAAACUUACAUAAGUAAUUCGAUUAUUUAAUAUUGGUAGAAAAACUACCAUUUUCCUAUGGAGAAAAACAGCACAUUUUUAGAAGUAGAACAAUCUGUCAUUUCUAAAUCUUGAAAGCUGUGUUUGGUGUGACAGUUUGUACAUUUCAAGACAAUUAAGAUCUGUUGGGAAAUUCAGUAAUCAUUGCUAUUUUUAAUUUAUCUAGCUUCCAUAUGUGCUCUCUUUCUGUUAGAAAGCCUCCUGCAGUUUUUUAAUGAUCCUUGAACAGCUGUCGAGCGUUUGGGAAUUGAAUGUCACAGGAAAGCAAGAUGUAGGAUAUUUUGAUGUGACUGAAAAAAUAGUUGUUUUAUAGCAGGUAAUGUGAUCAUCAUCCUUGACCUUCACCUCAAACAUCUCCUUUGAAGUAGGGCAUUAGGAUUCAAAGAAAGAAUGGAUAGUACUUUAAAUGUCACAUCAAAUGUUACUUAAAAAACAAAAAGCAGCUAAUGGAUGGCCUAAACUUUGUAUGUAUCAGAUUAUGUAGGAAAGGGUGGGUGGUGUAAGUACACAUUAAAGGGAGCACACCGAAGUCUCUUCCCUUGUUAACCCACACAAUUAAAUUUCUGUUUUCCAAAAUAUUUUGAGAUAGCUACCUUAAAACAUUUUACUUAUUCAAUCUCUAAAGUACCUACAGCAUACCAGGCUUCUCACCAGGCAGGUAAACUGCCUUUGCCGGGAAGGAGUUUGCGGCACAGUGGAGUGGCAGACAGCAGGGUGUGCUAGUGGGAAUGGUUACAGUGUGUGCUUCAGGCACUGGGUAAUUGUGAAAUGAUGUUCCCAUUUCCUGUUACUGAGGAAGACAUCCAUACACUGAGGAAGAAAUUGUUUCAGCUAACGGAAAGAUAGCUUUGAGUUGUCUUGGGUCCCAGUAAUGGACUAAGACAAGAGCAGGAGUCAAGAAGUCUUUUUGUGCAGGGCCAGACGUGUGAGGCUCUGCGGCAGGGCAGUCGGUCUGCUCCAACCUUAAUGCUCAACUCGCAUUGACAGGGCGGAUGCGGCCAUAGGCUGCACAGAAACAAGUGAGCGUGGCUAUUUCACAAUAUUCACGUGCCGUAAAAUAUUACCCACUUCAUUUUCUCCUCCCCAGACAAUUGAAAAAUUCUUGGCCCAUGGAGCACAGUUUACCUGCAGUAGAGGAAAAGGGAGGCUUCUUGGUAAAACAAGGAGGCUUUAACUGACUUUAUCUUUCCAAGUUUUUUUUUUUUUCCUGUGCCUUAUUAAUGAGGCAGGUCUAAUUCAGGCAUUAGUUCCUACUGAGUAGUUUUACAUGAAAUAUUUCACUUAAAGAGCUCUGUUGGGUAGGGCUCUUCUCCCCAUUUAACAGAUGAGAAAAUUUGAGGCUUUCAUGGCCCAGAUCAAGUAGUUCAGUGACAGGUGGUGUCAGACUCCCAAGUUACCGUCAGUAGUUUCUACUUGUGCUAUCAAACACACGCGCGUGCACACACACAGCCAGGGGAGCUCCUACCCCUGGAACCUAGGACUGUUAUGUGUAGCAAGGGUCUUAACUUGUAUCGAUUCUAAAGGCUGUGUGUUUAAGGAUUCAACUUCCUGAUGCAGAAUCUUUAGCAAUGGACCUAGUGGCUAAUAAUUUUAAGUUAUUUUGCUGGGGGAGAGGAGGAGCCAACUACACAGUAAGAAACAUUUUUUAGACAUUAGCAAUAAGCUCAUGAGGUACAAAAAAAUGAUGAAAAUGACACAAUGACAGGAUGCCUUUAUUUCCUAGGGCUGCAUAUGAAUUGUUACUCCUUUAUGAAUCAGUUUUAAAAAAGUGAUUUGUAAAUAGGACUACAUUUUCCAAAGGUAAAUACCCCCCAAAACUGAAAUUCCCAGUCUACUCUCAACAUGAAUGUAAGUUCUGCCCAGCCAUUCCCUCCAGGUCUAAAGUCCCACGGGAGCCCCGGUGUCGCCCAGUCCCUGCUGUCUGACCUGGCGCUGCCGUGUUCUCACUCCUCGCCCCAGCAGGUUUGAGCUGGGAAGGGUGUAUUUACCCCAGGGAUGGAGAUACACCCUGGGCAUCCCGCAUCUACCGCACUAAUAAAAACAAUACAUAAUAUAAAGGUGUUGUUACUACAACCUUUUCUAGUAUUUACAGUUUUUAAAGUAGUCACCAGGCCAGUUACCACUGGAACUCCAUGGAAAUACAGAGUCCAAAAAUGAAAAAUUUUGGAAACCUGCCUAACCUCCCAAAUUUGUUUUAUAUCUAAAUCAGGUUUCUUUCACAGCAUUUACAAAUUUAAAUUCAUCUGUAGAUUCACAUAUUUUUUCCAUAAAAUAAAACAGCACGUUCACAGUUCCACACAUUCUCAGAACGGCUACACGCAGUGCUCUGUGUAGGGCCAGUAAGCAGUUCACCGACCCUGUAAGGACAGGUGCCAAGUCCUCGCUCAAGUCUUUUAUUGUAAAACAUCACUCAAGGUGAGUACAAAAAUAUUUAUUGAC